AGUUGUGUUGGAGGCAGGAACCUCCGUCAGAAAGCCCCGGAUCCACGCGGUAUGAGUCCCGGCUCGGAGCUGCACGGUCCCGCCGCGCUGUCGCUCCGCUGGGUGGGAAGUUGCUGUGAGUCAGAGCCGGAGGAGCAGUAACUUUUCCAGACUUGAACAAGUGCAGCAGCAGCAGCAGCAGCAGCGAGUCUCCAGCAGCUGAUCUCAGACCAGGCUCCACUCUGAGGAUUGUGCGUCUGCAGACAUCUGACUUUCCACCGGCGUCUCCAUCCAGAUGUGUUGUGUGAUGCGUCCUGACGCCACAAGGAAAUGGCUUUUUUCCUCUAAACAGCAGCUCUCUGGUUUUUUGGGGGUUGACAAUGGAGAAUAAAUGAAAGGGGACGUUUCCCGGGAUUAAGUGACUGCACGACGACAGAAUGCGGAAGAGGGACCUGCAGAGCAUGUGCAGAAGGGCGCUGCUGCUGACCGUCUGUAUGGUGUCUCUCUGGGGAGAACUGACCAGUGCAUCGUCACACAGAAGCCACAUAGUUCACGUGAAAGCGGGAACCUGUGAGGUAAUUGCCGCGCACCGAUGCUGCAACAAGAACAAGAUCGAAGAGAGAUCCCAGACUGUCAAGUGCUCCUGCUUUCCUGGACAGGUGGCGGGGACAACAAGAGCGGCUCCGUCGUGUGUAGACGCAUCGAUAGUUGCACAGAAGUGGUGGUGCCAGAUGCAUCCCUGCAUGGACGGGGAGGAGUGCAAAGUGCUGCCGGAUCUCAAAGGAUGGAGCUGCAGUACGGGAAACAAAGUUAAGACAACCAAGGUCACACGAUAGUCGUCCGUUUCCAGGACAACGUAGUCUGGAACUGGGCGUCAGAUCUUCGAGGACAUUUGGAUAUCAUGUCUUUUGAGAUUUCGGUGGACACCAGGGACCAACGAGGACAAUAAUCACGGACAUUCCACUGGACGAAUGGAGGAAGAGGAUCAGGAAGCUUCAUUAAAGACUAAAUAUCCAAAAAUGACUUUAGAUGCAGCAGCGGCAGUAGCUGUCUCUGCCCACCAAAUCUCUCUUUGUAUUAUAGUUUUAUUCCCGUGGACUUGAAGACUCUACCAUGAAGAAGAUUAUUGACUUUAAAGACUGUGGAUUACACCAGGAGAAAAAAAUAUCACCUUUAAAACAAAACCAUGUGAUGUGAAGCUUUUUGUGUUAUUUUCUUGCCACAAACAAACCCCAGAACUCUUGAUGCAUAUCUGUGUUGAAGAUCUAGUGAGAGCAUAAGCAUUUUCAUUCCUUUCAGCCUUAUGGAGCAGAUCUCUCUUCUGCUUCUUUCUCUCUUGGUUGAUUUGAAACCAUCCCGUGUUCGGCUUUCUUUCGUUUUUUUUGGGACGUCAAGUCUUCUUUUCGAAGACACGAGGCGAAACUACGACAAACAGCAGACCCAUAAAAAAUGGAAUCAUGUUUGACCACGAGUCAACAAGGGUCAGCACAGCCGACUUCUGCCAAAAUGUUUUAACUGUAUCUGUUGUUUUCGAAGCCUGGUGACAACCAUUGAUUACAAAUGUCAGUAUUAUCUCAAUAAAUUUAACUCAAUGGAUAUAACUCUUCUCUAUAAA